AUGGUGCCCGUCAACUUCCAGCCAGGCCAGGGCUACAACAGCCACGACUCUACGCUGGGUCUCAACAAUCCGCAGAGUUCCCAGUUCUUGGCCAGCCCCGAGGCGAAUAUCCCCUUCGAGGCCAGUGAAGCUCGCAACGGGAUCUCAAUCUCAGGAAAACUGAAAGUGGUCCUCCACAACCAUUCCCUGUGGCUCAAGUUUUACAGACAGCAGACAGAAAUGAUCCUUAACAAGCCGGGCAGGCGGAUGUUUCCCUUCCCGGUUUACAAAAUCCAUGGGAUGAACCCCGUUGCUCAUUACCAAGUAUUUCUGGAAAUAGUACCGGUUGAUGAAUACCACUGGCGAUUUCAGGAUGGCAGAUGGUCUCAGUGUGAAAAAACGGAGAACAACAUACCAGGGAAUCAGUUGUAUAUCCACCCAGACUCCCCCAACACAGGGGCCCACUGGAUGAAGAAAGAGAUCAAAUUUGAAAAACUCAAGAUGACUAACAAUAAGGAAGCUACCAAUAAUGAGAACAAGAUGAUAUUAUUGCAGUCCUUCCACAAAUACCAACCGAGGCUUGGUAUUGAAGAGGUGAGGGAUGGAGAACAUGAAACAAUAACUCCUUCCUCUUUCACCCACAGCUUCACUUUCCCAGAAACAGAAUUCAUUGCUGUAACUGCAUAUCAAAAUGCUAAGCUCUCCCAACUCAAAAUUGAAUACAAUCCCUUUGCCAGAGGCUUUAGAGAAAGCUACCAUGGUGAAGAAAGUGUGAAUAAGUAA